AUGAGUCGGGAGCGAUCAGACUCCCAGGGGUCACUGGGCCCUGACGAUGAGGUCAUGCCGUACAGUGACGACGAGACGGAUGAUGAGUUGGACCCCGGCUCAGACGAAGAGAGGCCCCCAGGGGGGCCACAGGCUGAAGAGCCCAAGAGCGCCGGUGAGAGACUGGGAGCAGACACUAGAGAAGAGCUGCACACACACACACACACACACACACACCUCUUCCAUUAGACAAUCUGAGAAAACACCCUUAAUACUUGUGACGCCACCUUUUUGAUUCAUUUGGAAAUGUACCAGUUUCACCAUUCAAGCAUAUUCCCACUGACUGUCUGUUCGUCUGUUUCCAGAGUCUGGUUGGGAAGUCAAAGCAAAUGACAGAGCCUUCUGUAACCUGCCAGAGUUUCAACAAAAAUACCUUUUGUGUCUCAAGAAGAGCAAGUACUCAGUAAGUAUCCUCUCUCUCAGUUCCACCCAUAGAAAUAUAAUUGUUCCACCCAUAGAAAUAUCAUUAUUCCACCCAUAGAAAUAUCAUUAUUCCACCCGUAUCUGCUGGUUCAGACAUGGAUCGUGUCAGACAUGGGUCGUGUCAGACAUUAGGCCAACGGAAAACAAGUGUUUCUUAUUGCCUAAUGAACACAACCUUCCUCUCAGCUUUUUAUUUUUUGCUAAAUAUUUACUGACAACCGCAGGUUGUGCAGGAGUAAUGACAGGUGCUGGUAGGCAGGGCAACGUCGUUUUAAAGGUAAGAGACUGAGGCAGAAACCCAGCCCCGUCAUGUGCUUUGGUUGUUUUACAGUGUGGACAGGCUAAAUAAAAUGUGUAUAUAUAUGCAAUGGCUCAACACAAGGCGUUGUUUUAACGUCAAGCUUUCAUCCUUUUGGAUUUCGUCAUACACUAUACCAUUCCGUUGUCGUCAUUGUUGAUGCCGUAUCGGAUAGAGUGCAUCACACACCGUGAGGACACAUUUGUUUUGUCUUUUUUUAUUUUUUUUAUUUUUUACUUCCUCUUCACUGUGCUGAUACGUGUCUGUCAUAGGUUGGCCAACGCCUGUACUGCCUGGACCUUGUUCAAAGUGAAGGUUCUUUUAGUACAGCUCCUUAAAAUAUAGUAACAAGUUAUUUAUUAGUAUUUAUCAGUGACUGGCAGACUGUGCCAGGACAGGACUCGUGGUUAGUCUGUGGUUGGUCCUCUUUCUGUGGUGAUCCAACUAACUCUUUUUUUUCUGUUCAUUUACUUUUUAGUGAGGCUACUUUUUAACGGGCUGGGACGUUACGAUGUUAUCACCAUACUUCGGUGCCGAUACCAUUUAUGUAUUGCGAUUCUCACGAUUCUAUGUGUAUUGUGAUUCGAUAUUGCGAUUCGAUGUUCCAAACAUAUUGCUCAUCAUGUGUCUGCUGCAGAGGGACGAGAGGGCCACGAGAGAAUGAGUUUUGAUUAGUCAUGGAAAUAAAAGGCUGAAAACAACAUGUUGGCUCACUAUAAAAAAAAAAAAGAAGAAAAAAGAUGUAGAACAAGCUAUGAAGGAAAAAUACUGGAGUUUUGGCGCAAGUACAGCCGACUAAGUGCGAAAAUAAUGUUGUGUGAUAUCGUCAAAUAAUAUCCUGAUAUGUAACUAUCGAUUUAAUUUAUUCUUUAAUAUUCUUUUAAUCACUAUUAGUCACCAUUUUAAAAUAGUAUUGGGUUCCCAAGCGUCGAUCGUCAGAGAGUUUAGUCUGACGGACACAGAGACAUGGUAGAUAGUAUCCACGAGUUCAUCUGACUCUGGGUAAGUAGAAAAAAUACAUAAUUGCCAGAAUCUCACACUGUCUCUUUUUAAGCACCACUUCUAAGACCACUCUUAUCCUUAAUGGUACUUAGCCUUGCUGCUGUUUUCACUUACUUACCCCUGGGUAAAGACAAUACUCUUAAAGUCAUUGACCAGUACUUUAGCAUCACGUUAACUCCAAUAGAAUAGUCUAGUUGAAAGUCUUACACUUAGUCCCACUCCUAACCUAUAACUUCAGUGUUCUAGACGCAGGGUAAGUCCCAGAUGGCACCCUAUUCCCCAUAUAUAGAGCCCUAUGUGCCCUGGUCAAAAGUAGUGCACUAAAUAGGGAAUAGGGUGCCAUUUGGGACUGGAGUGAACACAUUUGUUUUGUUGAGUAAUUUGCCUCCUUUUUCUCAGUGCUGUGGCUGCAGUUUGUUUAUGCAAAUUACCCUCCGCCUACCAGCAGCACCGGAAGUUCCAUUUAGUUUGACUGAGAGAGACUCGGAGGGUGUCGUGAGAAAUAGGGAGGAAGAGAGAGAGAGAGAGAUACAGAAACUCUGAGGGUGUGGUUUCACUCUUUGCCAUUCCUUGUCAUUGCUAAAUGUCAUGCCAUGCCAUUUGGCACAUUGCAUGGAGUGGAUUAGCUUAAGAAACCGGUACCCAGGCUAACUGCCUUCCAUUUUUGAAGACUUUUUUUUUUAAUUGUCAGAGCGGCCACUAGAUUGUCUGGUCAAUAUAAUGUAUAAUCUGUGGUCAUACAUGAUAACUGAAAUGUGUUAGUCACAUGCGAUAUCUCAACUGGCCCAGUGGGGGAGGGGUGGGGGGGCGCUGCAUCAUUCGUUGGGGACGUCAUGUUUUACUGUUGCCUUGUUUAACCAUGUUUGUGUACCUGUCCUUUUUGUAUUGUUUGCAGGGGAAUGGAAUCAAGACGUACAAAUACAACGCCUUGACAUUCAUCCCACUGAAUCUGUUCGAGCAGUUCAAACGAGCUGCCAACCUUUACUUUCUGGUCCUGCUCAUCUUACAGGUAAGUCUGCUAAAGACCGCUGUGUUACGUCCAACGCUGCUUACUCACCGAUUACAACAGUCUUCAGUGGUAGAACGUCUGGUUCCACUUUUAGCAAAGAGUCUUUUUGUCAGAAAUCCCAGUUUUUAUGCUACACUAUGGAAGGAAGGAGAGAGAUCAAAUCAAAUUUUAUUGGUCACAUGCGCCGAAUACAACAGGUGCAGACAUUACAGUGAAAUGCUUACUUACAGUCCUUAACCAACAGUGCAUUUAUUUUAAACAAAAAAAGUAAGAAUAAAACAACAACAAAAAAAGUGUUGAGAAAAAAAGAGCAGAAGUAAAAUAAAGUGACAGUAGGGAGGCUAUAUAUACAGGGGGGUACCGUUGCAGAGAUUGGCUGGUUUAUUGUGACCCGAGCAGUUUAAAUAAAUGUACAUAGAUUUUUAAAAUGUGAUGUAAAUACUGACUUGUUGUUAUACAACAUACAGGACCCUGGCCUGAGCAGUGAGUGAUGAAGCCCUAUUGGACAGCAGAAACCUGGGCCCGGCUCAAUGAAGGGGCUUAAAGGGCCUCAGUUCAAACCUAAACUCCUACUGUUUUACUUUUGUGUCCGUAUAUAAAAAAAAAAAGAGCAAAAAAAGUACAAAUUGAGUGACAGGUUGGCGCAAAAAUAAUCUGUAUCUCCGCUGCUCGGUGUCAGCACAAUGGACAGAGCCGCGGUGUGUGUGUGUGUGUGUGUGUGUGUCGUGGGGCUAUGGAAAGCCACUAGGGCGGUUUGGCAUGACUCCUUUUGGGUUCCCAUAAAAAGCGGCGGAAAAAACAGGUGCGAGUUCGAAGUCAUUUGGGCACAGUGCAUUGGCCCCAAGCAAACAACAACGUUAUGUAAGUACACAUCUUCAGCUAUACGUGGUGGACAGUACAGUAGGCCAGCAGGACAGAGGAGAAGCUACUGAGUGUAAAAGACUGUUGGAUGCUGUCAUUGGUGAAAUGUCUGAACGAUUCAGCAAACGCAGCAAACAUCUGGUGGAUGACCUGUGUGGCCUUGACCCAGAGAGACAUUACUUUCUUCUACAUGUGAAAAGGGGGAAACAUCUAAGCAAAACAGAUUUUGGUGGAAGCUGAGUUUAGUGUCAUUCGGCAGUUUUUUGCAGGCUGAAAUCUGGCUCCAAUGAGGAGAAAUGGAACCCACUUGAUAUCCUGCAACAAUUCUCUGGUCCUCUCUCCGCUGUGCCGAUCGUGCUUACUGCACUGAAACAUGGACUGACUUUUGGGGGCGUCGACAGCUACAUGUGAGAACUCAUUUUCCACUUUGACAAACGUGUUCAGUCAGCACAGAAGAAGCAUGCUACGCCUGAGGAACGCUCAACUAAUCCAACUGGCAUUUUAGGGGAAUCUUACAAUAUGAUUUCGGGGAGAAUGGAAUGAUCGAUUACUCAGGGAAGUUCCACAGAGCAUCAAGGAAGCUGCAACUCUUUUGAAACUGUAAAGAUUGAAACAAUGUAGCUGGUUGGUUUUUUAUCAAAAUCUUGCUUUAGUGUGUUGGGCUGUCCAUUGUGCUGGUAGAGCGCAGCGAGAUUUCGUGCCAUUGAACCUGUCAAUUCUUGGUGAAAAGCAUUUUUGGAACUUCUAUGUUUAUUAUGGUAUAGCGUGAUAUUAUCAGAAUUCAAUAUAAUUCCAAUGCAAGAACCCAAAUGAUGCCCCCUGGUUAUAGCUACAUAUUGGCAGGGCCGUCGUUAUGGGCGGGGGCGGGGCCCACCCUAUGAGCGGGGCCCACCCCGCCGUACCUCCUUCACCAUCCAAAUAAAAUAUUUAAAUAUUUAUCAUUUUAUUUGACCGAGACGUGCGCCGACAGAAAGACUCAUCCGAGCGAGCGGAACAGCGCCCCUCUGUCUUUGUAUGUGUAGACCAUGUAUCUGAUGCUGUCUGGACAAAAGGAGUAUGGCAUGUCAUACUAUUUCUGGCCAGACGGCAUCAGAUACAUGGCCUACACAUAGUAAAGACAGAGGGGUGCUGUUUCGCUCGCUAGUUUCAGCAGAGAGGAUGAGGCGAAGCGAGCGGGUUCACUCUCGCCCAAAUCUGUCCUGAAUAAGCCCAAUGUGUUUCUGUGGGAAUAAUAUGCAAACCUGAGCUUGUCGCCUUUGUUCCCGCCUUUGGGACAACGACUUGCGUUGUUAGGGUGGAGCAUCUUGUCAUUAUAUACAGAUCUCUGGUUUCAGCCUCUUGCAAAUUAGAAAGGAAAGUUGGCGGGUGCACACUGUUGGGAUGCUGGCUUCCCCUAAAGUAAACUUAAUUAUGUAACUACUCCUGUCUAAAUAAAAUAAUUCAAAAUACGGCGCAUUCGGAAAAUAUUCGGACUCCUUCCCUUUUUUUCCUCAUUUUGUUACGUAUACAUGAAUCUACACACAAUACAUUUAUUAGAAAUAAAAACAUAAAUACCUUAUUUAUGUAAGUAUUCAGACCCUUUUGCUAUGAGACUCGAAACUGAGCUCGGGUGCAUCCUGUUUCCAUUGAUCAUUACAUUUACGUCAUUUAGCAGACGCUCUUAUCCAGGGCGACUUAAAGUUAGUGAGUGCAUACAUUCUUUUUUUUCAAACUGGCCCCCCCGUGGGAAUCGAACCCACAAUCCUGGCGUUGCAAACGCCAUGCUCUACCAACUGAGCUACAUCCCUGUCGGCCAUUCUCUCCCCUACCCUGGACGACGCUGGGCCAAUUGUGCGCCGCCCCAUGGGUCUCCCGGUCGUGGCCGGCUACGACAGAGCCUGGAAUCGAACCUGGAUCUCUAGAGGCACAGCUAGCACUGCGAUGCAGUGCCUUAGACCACUGCGCCACUCAGGAGUAUUAUUCCUGAGAUCACCAGAUUGGAUUAGACGUUAGAUUGAAUGAUUAAAGUAACAGACUCUGAUAUUAAUAAUGCACUCUUGUUGUUAUUUCCCUCUCACCAGAUUAUUCCUGAGAUCACCACGUUGCCUUGGUACACCACAUUAGUGCCUUUAGUCCUGGUGUUGGGAAUCACAGCCAUCAAAGACCUGGUGGACGAUCUGGUGCGUGACUCAUCCUCUUCCCGCUGGCCAAAUCAAUUCUCCACCUUUCUCUCAAAGUGUGCAUUUGUAAACCUUCCCCAGUCAGGGAUUUAAAAGCAUGGAUUUGUGUAAGCAUCACUUUAAGAAAAGAGUGGAGAAUCUGAACAUGGCCGCCGCCCUGUCUCUGUUUUUCUCAGUCAACCACGGUGUCCUCUAGAUCUUUAGUUCCCAACCAAUCAACCAUGGUGUCCUCUAGAUCUUUAGUUCCCAACCAAUCAACCAUGGUGUCCUCUAGAUCUUUAGUUCCCAACCAAUCAACCACGGUGUCCUCUAGAUCUUUAGUUCCCAACCAAUCAACCAUGGUGUCCUCUAGAUCUUUAGUUCCCAACCAAUCAACCAUGGUGUCCUCUAGAUCUUUAGUUCCCAACCAAUCAACCAUGGUGUCCUCUAGAUCUUUAGUUCCCAACCAAUCAACCACGGUGUCCUCCUAGAUCUUUAGUUCCCAACCUUUUCCUUUCCGGGGACCACCAAAUCAACAUCAAAAGAUCUCGAGGACCACCUUUCACAGAGUCGCGGAAUUCUUUUAACAUAAAAUAACUUAGCGGUUUAUUUUGAAUCAAUGUUCUCAGUGAAUGUAACAGAUUAAAUACCUAUUAUUACAGAUGGAUGUUUAUUAAACAAUUUGCAUUGUGAAAAGUAAUUUACAAAUGUUUAACAUCAUUAUUUUCCCACCUGUUAUUAUUUUUUUUAAAAUAAUAUAUUAGCAAAAAUAAUAAUAAUAAUUAUUAUUAUUAUUUACGCACCUCCUGCAUCUAAGAAAAAGGCCUGUUUCUUCAUUGAUAUCAUAUGCAGUACACACUAUUUGUUGUGAAGAGAUCAUUGUGGUCCUUUAAUCUAGCGCUGAACCCUGGCUCAUGUUUUCCCUUCCUCUCCAACAGGCCCGCCACAGGAUGGACAAGGAGAUCAAUAACAGGAAGUGUGAAGUCCUCUUGGAUGGCAGGUAAUGAGGACAAUGACCCAUAGAGAUGGAUAGAGAUGUACUUGGAAAUGACCCGGCAGCGCCAUUGAGGGCUUACACCAUUUUGAAGUAGUCAACUAGGUGUGACUUCCUAUGGGGUAAGGAAGAAUCACAUAAUUCCACCCAGGUCAUCAGGAGGGAUCAGUGAAUGAAUUAUGCUUUACAUUUACAUUUGAGUCAUUUAGCAGACGUUCUUAUCCAGAGCGACUUACAGUUAGUGCGUGCAUACAUUAUUAAAAAAUAAAUAAAAAUUAUACUGGCCCCCCGUGGGAAUCGAACCCACAACCCUGGCGUUGUAAACGCCAUGCUCUACCAACUGAGCUACAUCCCUGCCGGCCAUUCCCUCCCCUACCCCAGACAACGCUGGGCCAAUUGUGCGCUGCCCCAUGGGUCUCCCGGUCGCGGCCGGCUACGACAGAGCCUGGAUUCGAACCAGGAUCUCUAGUGGCACAGCCAAUAAAUCGCCUUAGACCACUGCGCCACUUGUGUGCAAACAUUCCAUAACUGCAGGUGGCAAUAAAUCGCCAUCCUUGGCUGUAUACCUGUUCAAACAACACACUCCAGGGGGCAGUAUGCACCCUUUCAGUUUGUUUACCAACUCUUAGAAGUAGUAGAAGAAGAAGAAAAAUUGACUACUUCAAAAUGGAGAUGGCCUCAAUGGCUCUGCCGACCUUUGACACCAUAAGGGGACAGAUGCAAAGAAGAGUUGUCUAAGUCUAUGGUAUGAACAUAGAAACUAUAACAGGAUUGUGUUCUAUAUCUGUGGGUCUGGAUCUCCACAGCUCCAUAGUGCAACAUUAUACCUUUUUUUAUGUCUUACAUUGUAUAUUGUAUUGUCUGUGCUAUGCAUCAAGAAGACAAACUUCAUGUUUUGAACAUGACGUAAAUCAUUUAAAUAUGACUGAAACUUUUUCCAAACCAGGUUUCAAGAGUCAAAGUGGAUGAAUAUCCAUGUCGGUGAUGUGGUUCGUUUGAAGAAAAAUGAUCACAUCCCGGUAAUGUCAUAUAUUUGUUCUUCGACUCUGUUCCAUAAAAAAAUAAAUAAGCUACUUUCAUACAAUUCUUAAUGUAUUAUUCAUUCGAUUUAAUUGAAACCAACCAGCCAUUGUAAUUUAGUUCAACAUUUUUAAUUUGAUCAUUUGCUUUUUUUUUUAUUCAGGCCGACAUUCUGUUGUUGUCCAGUUCAAACCCCAACAGUCUUUGCUAUGUUGAAACUGCCGAGCUCGACGGGUAAGAUGUUCUCUAAUAAAAGUCUAUUUAUUGGCUUGCCUGUCCCAAACAGCACCCUAUUCCCUAUAUAGUGCACUACUUUUGAACAGAGCCCUGUAUAGAGCCCUAUGGGCCCUGGUCAAAAGUAGUGCACUAUAUAGGGAAUAGGGUGCCAUUUGGGACGUAGACCAGGUCUUAAAACCUUUUUUUGUAAUCUGUCAUUUCAUAAUGGGUUUGUCAAUAACUGCCCCUUGAUAACAUGAGAAGUUACAUUGACGGAAGGUGCCUUUGUGUAAACAUAAAAAUUGAGAGCUGAAGUGAGAUAAAAAAAAAAAAAAAAAAAAAAAGGUUUGCUGAGACUUGUUGUAGUCAGUCUGUUUUAACCCUGUUGAUUACAUUGAUAACCCUUGUUAAUCAAACGAUACUAUCAAAAGGCUAGCAGAUGCUCCCUAGCCUGAGUGCCAGUCUGUAUGUGCUAUCAUGCCAACUAGGAGAGACCAGAUCUGGGACUAAGAUAGACGUUCCCUGCAUACUGGAAAAGUCCACUGGAAAAUGAAUGUCCGUUAUUGUUUUGCAGGGAAACCAACCUGAAGUUCAAGAUGGGUCUGAAAGUGACAGACGAGAGACUGCAGGAGGAGCGUCAGCUGGCACAGUAUGAUGGUAACAUACUGCUGUACUGGGACUAGGGAAAAUACAUGUUGAGGAUCGCAAUAUUAUCUUAGUCGAUUUUUAGAGGGCGUGUACGGGUGAGAGUGGAAUCCUGAGAGCGACAGAGUGGGAGAGAGACCGAGUGGGAGAGAGACCGAGUGGGAGAGAGACCGAGUGGGAGAGAGACCGAGUGGGAGAGAGACCGAGUGGGAGAGAGACCGAGUGGGAGAGAGACCGAGUGGGAGAGAGACCGAGUGGGAGAGAGACCGAGUGGGAGAGAGACCGAGUGGGAGAGAGACCGAGUGGGAGAGCGACCGAGUGGGAGAGCGACCGAGUGGGAGAGCGACCGAGUGGGAGAGCGACCGAGUGGGAGAGAGACCGAGUGGGAGAGAGACCGAGUGGGAGAGCGACCGAGUGGGAGAGAAAGUGGGUCCACUUUUCUCUGUAGUGUCUUCCAGAUGUAUUUGCAGUCGUAAACUAUGGGGCACCCAGGAUGGCAGUUAUUGUAUGUCAAAGAUAUGUCCUGUCUAGCUGUGCAGCUAGCUAGACUAUGCCUGGUCACGGUUUCCUUCACCACCCCCCAGCUAUGAUGGUGUGUGCAUAGAAAUAGAAUGGCUAGAACGGACUUGGAACACCUGAUCAUGGCAAAUUGAAACUCAUUCUAAUUCUAUGAUAGUGUGGUCACAGUUCCCUACAGCCAUGAUAGUGAGGUCACUGUUCCCUUGGUCUCCAUACAGCCAUGAUAGUGAGGUCACUGUUCCCUUGGUCUCCAUACAGCUAUGAUAGUGAGGUCACUGUUCCCUUGGUCUCCAUACAGCCAUGAUAGUGUGGUCACAGUUCCCUACAGCCAUGAUAGUGUGGUCACUGUUCCCUUGGUCUCCAUACAGCCAUGAUAGUGAGGUCACUGUUCCCUUGGUCUCCAUACAGCUAUGAUAGUGAGGUCACUGUUCCCUUGGUCUCCAUACAGCCAUGAUAGUGUGGUCACAGUUCCCUACAGCCAUGAUAGUGUGGUCACUGUUCCCUUGGUCUCCAUACAGCUAUGAUAGUGAGGUCACUGUUCCCUUGGUCUCCAUACAGCCAUGAUAGUGUGGUCACAGUUCCCUACAGCCAUGAUAGUGUGGUCACUGUUCCCUUGGUCUCCAUACAGCCAUGAUAGUGAGGUCACUGUUCCCUUGGUCUCCAUACAGCCAUGAUAGUGUGGUCACAGUUCCCUACAGCCAUGAUAGUGUGGUCACUGUUUUCUUGGUCUCCAUACAGCCAUGAUAGUGUGGUCACUGUUCCCUUGGUCUCCAUACAGUCAUGAUAGUGUGGUCACUGUUUUCUUGGUCUCCAUACAGCCAUGAUAGUGUGGUCACUGUUCCCUUGGUCUCCAUACAGCCAUGAUAGUGUGGUCACUGUUCCCUUGGUCUCCAUACAGUCAUGAUAGUGUGGUCACUGUUCCCUUGGUCUCCAUACAGCCAUGAUAGUGUGGUCACUGUUCCCUUGGUCUCCAUACAGCCAUGAUAGUGUGGUCACUGUUCCCUUGGUCUCCAUACAGCCAUGAUAGUGUGGUCACUGUUCCCUUGGUCUCCAUACAGCCAUGAUAGUGUGGUCACUGUUCCCUUGUUUCCCCAUACAGCCAUGAUAGUGUGGUCACUGUUCCCUUGUUUCCCCAUACAGCAACGAUAGUGUGGUCACUGUUCCCUUGGUCUCCAUACAGUCAUGAUAGUGUGGUCACUGUUCCCUUGUUUCCCCAUACAGCCAUGAUAGUGUGGUCACUGUUCCCUUGGUCUCCAUACAGCCAUGAUAGUGUGGUCACUGUUACCUUGGUCUCCAUACAGCCAUGAUAGUGUGGUCACUGUUCCCUUGUUUCCCCCUACAGCCAUGAUAGUGUGGUCACUGUUCCCUUGGUCUCCAUACAGCCAUGCUAGUGUGGUCACUGUUCCCUUGGUCUCCAUACAGCCAUGAUAGUGUGGUCACUGUUCCCUUGUUUCCCCAUACAGCCAUGAUAGUGAGGUCACUGUUCCCUUGGUCUCCAUACAGCCAUGAUAGUGUGGUCACUGUUCCCUUGGUCUCCAUACAGCCAUGAUAGUGUGGUCACUGUUCCCUUGUUUCCCCAUACAGCCAUGAUAGUGAGGUCACUGUUCCCUUGGUCUCCAUACAGCCAUGAUAGUGUGGUCACUGUUCCCUUGGUCUCCCUACAGCCAUGAUAGUGUGGUCACUGUUCCCUUGGUCUCCAUACAGCCAUGCUAGUGUGGUCACUGUUCCCUUGGUCUCCAUACAGCCAUGAUAGUGUGGUCACUGUUCCCUUGGUCUCCAUACAGCCAUGAUAGUGACGUCACUGUUCCCUUGGUCUCCAUACAGCCAUGAUAGUGAGGUCACUGUUCCCUUGGUCCCCAUACAUCCAUGAUAGUGUGGUCACUGUUCCCUUGUUUCCCCCUACAGCCAUGAUAGUGUGGUCACUGUUCCCUUGGUCUCCAUACAGCCAUGAUAGUGUGGUCACUGUUCCCUUGGUCUCCAUACAGCCAUGAUAGUGUGGUCACUGUUCCCUUGGUCUCCAUACAGCCAUGAUAGUGAGGUCACUGUUCCCUUGGUCUCCAUACAGCCAUGAUAGUGAGGUCACUGUUCCCUUGGUCCCCAUACAGCCAUGAUAGUGUGGUCACUGUUCCCUUGGUCCCCAUACAGCCAUGAUAGUGAGGUCACUGUUCCCUUGGUCUCCAUACAGCCAUGAUAGUGAGGUCACUGUUCCCUUGGUCUCCAUACAGCCAUGAUAGUGAGGUCACUGUUCCCUUGGUCUCCAUACAGCCAUGAUAGUGAGGUCACUGUUCCCUUGGUCUCCAUACAGCCAUGAUAGUGUGGUCACUGUUCCCUUGGUCUCCAUACAGCCAUGAUAGUGAGGUCACUGUUCCCUUGGUCUCCCUACAGCCAUGAUAGUGAGGUCACUGUUCCCUUGGUCUCCAUACAGCCAUGAUAGUGAGGUCACUGUUCCCUUGUUUCCCCAUACAGCCAUGAUAGUGAGGUCACUGUUCCCUUGGUCUCCAUACAGCCAUGAUAGUGAGGUCACUGUUCCCUUGGUCUCCAUACAGCCAUGAUAGUGAGGUCACUGUUCCCUUGUUUCCCCAUACAGCCAUUAUAGUGAGGUCACUGUUCCCUUGGUCUCCAUACAGCCAUGAUAGUGAGGUCACUGUUCCCUUGGUCCCCAUACAGCCAUGAUAGUGAGGUCACUGUUCCCUUGGUCUCCAUACAGCCAUGAUAGUGAGGUCACUGUUCCCUUGGUCUCCAUACAGCCAUGAUAGUGAGGUCACUGUUCCCUUGGUCUCCAUACAGCCAUGAUAGUGAGGUCACUGUUCCCUUGGUCCCCAUACAGCCAUGAUAGUGUGGUCACUGUUCCCUUGGUCCCCAUACAGCCUUGAUAGUGAGGUCACUGUUCCCUUGGUCUCCAUACAGCCAUGAUAGUGAGGUCACUGUUCCCUUGGUCUCCAUACAGCCAUGAUAGUGAGGUCACUGUUCCCUUGGUCUCCAUACAGCCAUGAUAGUGAGGUCACUGUUCCCUUGGUCUCCAUACAGCCAUGAUAGUGAGGUCACUGUUCCCUUGGUCUCCAUACAGCCAUGAUAGUGUGGUCACUGUUCCCUUGGUCUCCAUACAGCCAUGAUAGUGAGGUCACUGUUCCCUUGGUCCCCAUACAGCCAUGAUAGUGAGGUCACUGUUCCCUUGGUCUCCAUACAGCCAUGAUAGUGAGGUCACUGUUCCCUUGUUUCCCCAUACAGCCAUAAUAGUGAGGUCACUGUUCCCUUGUUUCCCCAUACAGCCAUGAUAGUGAGGUCACUGUUCCCUUGGUCCCCCUACAGCCAUGAUAGUGAGGUCACUGUUCCCCUGGUCUCCAUACAGCCAUGAUAGUGAGGUCACUGUUCCCUUGGUCCCCCUACAGCCAUGAUAGUGUGGUCACUGUUCCCUUGGUCUCCAUACAGCCAUGAUAGUGAGGUCACUGUUCCCUUGGUCCCCCUACAGCCAUGAUAGUGUGGUCACUGUUCCCUUGGUCUCCAUACAGCCAUGAUAGUGUGGUCACUGUUCCCUUGUUUCCCCCAUACAGCCAUGAUAGUGAGGUCACUGUUCCCUUGGUCUCCAUACAGCCAUGAUAGUGUGGUCACUGUUCCCUUGGUCCCCCAUACAGCCAUGAUAGUGAGGUCACUGUUCCCUUGUUUCCCCAUACAGCCAUGAUAGUGUGUGAGGAGCCGAACAACCGUCUGGAUAAGUUCACUGGGACCAUGCGCUGGAGGAAGGACCGGUUCCCUCUGGAUCUGGACAACAUGAUGCUGAGAGGAUGCAGGAUCAGAAACACUGAUGAGUGUCACGGACUGGUCAUCUUCGCAGGUAAACACACACACACACACACACACACACACACUUUUCGGAACCAAUGGACAUACACCGACGACGAUGGUCAUGCAAAUAUUGUAAAUAUGCUGCCUUGGACAUAAUCUCAUGUGACCCUUGCCCUUCUGUUUGUUGACUGUUUUGAUGUAGGCGCUGACACUAAAAUCAUGAGGAAUGGUGGAAAGACCAGGUUCAAGAGGACUAAAAUCGAUGAACUGAUGAACUACAUGGUGUACAGUGUAAGUGGUACACUCAAUCAUCCCCUCGCAAUAUUUCACCAUUAAUGAAAUUAAGGGAGUCUCUUAACUGCCAUUUACAGUUGCCUUCAGAAAGCAUUCAUACCCCUUGACUUAUUCCACAUGUUGUUGUUACAUCCUGAAUUCAAAAUGGAUUCAUUUAAUUUAUUACCAGUCUACACACAAUAGCCCAUAAUGACAGUGAAUAUAUAUAUAUAUAUAUUUUAAUGUAUUGAAAAUGAAAUACAGAAAUAUCUCAUUUUACUUAGUAUUCACACCCCUGAGUCAAUACAUGUUAGAUUCACCUUUGACAGUGAUUACAGCUGUGAUUCGUUCUGGGUAAGUCUCUAAGAGCUUCACACACCUGGAUUGCGCAAUAUUUACCAAUUUUAUUCUUUUUUAAAUUCUUCAAGCUCUGUCAAGUUGGUUGUUGAUCAGUGCUAGACAGCCAUUUUUCAGUCUUGCCAUAGAAUUUCAAGUAGAUUUAAGUCCAAACUGUAACUCGGCCACUCAGGAAAAUUCACUGUCUUCUUGGUAAGCAACUCCAGUGUAUAUUUGGCCUUGUGUUUUAGGUUAUUGUCCUGCUGAAAGGUGAACUUGUCUCCCAGUGUCUGGUGGAAAGCAGACUGAACCAGGUUUAACCUCUAGGAUUUUAACUGUGCUUAGCUCCAUUCUGUUUCUAAAAAAACCUCCCUUGUCAUUGCCGAUGACAAGCAUACCCAUAACAUGAUGCAGCCACCACCAUGCUUGAAAAUAUGAAGACUGGUACUCAGUGACGUGUAGGAUUUGCCCCAAACAUAACACUUUAUAUUCAGGACAUAAAGUUAAUUUCUUAGCCACAUUUUUUGCAGUUUUACUUUAGUGCCUUGUUGCAAACAGGAUGCAUGUUCUGGAAUAUUUUUUAUUCUGUACAGGCUUCCUUCUUUUCACUCUGUCAAUUAGGUUAGUAUUGUGGAGGAACUACAAUGUUGUUGAUCCAUCCUCAGUUCUCUCCUAUCACAGCCAUUAAACUCUGUAACUGUUUUAAAGUCACCAUUGGCCUCAUGGUGAAAUCCCUGAGCGGUUUCCUUCCUCUCCGGCAACUGAGUUAGGAAGGACGCCUGUAUCUUUUUAGUGACUGGUUCAAUUGAUACACCCACCAAAGUCUAAUUAAUAACUUCACCAUGCUCAAAGGGAUAUUUAUUUUUACCCAUCUACCAAUAGGUGCCCUUUGCAAGGCUUUGGAAAACCUCCCUGGUCUUGGUGGUUGAAUCUGUGUUUUGAAAUUCACUGCUGGACUGAGGGACCUUACAGAUAAUUGUAUGUAUGUGUGGGGUACAGAGAUGAGGUAGUCAUUCAUAGAUCAUGUUAAACACUACUGCACACAGAGUAAGUCCAUGCAACUUAUUAUGUGACUUGUAAAGCUAAGUUUAGGCUUGCCAUAACAAAGGGGUUGAAUACUUAUUGACUCAAGACAUUUCAGCUUUUCAUUUUUUUAUUAAUUUGUAAACAUUUCUAAAAGCAUAAUUCCACGACAUUAUGUGGGGUAUAGUGUGUAGGCCAGUGACACAAUCUCAGUAGAAUCCAUUUUGAAUUCAGGCUGUAACACAACAAAAAUGUGGAAUAAGUCAAUGGGGUGUGAAUACUUUCUGAAGGCGCUGUAUAAUGCUUGAGAUGAGGACAUAGAGACUGUUACGCACUCCUCUCAGGAAGAGGGAACGCAACACCCUGCUACAACUCAACUCUCCGUGGGGUGAAAGAGGUAUGGGACCUUAGGUGUGAGUAAGGAUGACAAAAGGCAGAGAAUACCGUUAACAGGGAAUUUAUUCCUUCGCACGGUAAGUUUGGGGAAAAGGGGCUGGACGGAACCAAAGCAAAGAAAGUAAAUAUCAAAGCCCCCUCUCCUUCCUUACCUGCCUACCCACUACUUACUUAACUAGCACCACCUGGUGCACUAACCAAACUACAGGGGAUGGUCCGCCCAGGUCUUUCCUAGUGUGCAUAGACGGUUAACUUCUACGGGUAAUGUAUGCCCGCGGGCCUCUUGCCUAAGCACUCCCUAGGUGCCUUCCCCUUCCCCCCUUGGGAACAAAUGAAACAAAAAUAGCACAAACUGGUUCACAACAAAACCUGAGAAAAAAAAACUAACUCAGGACAUUAAAGAAACUCUCUAAGCAACAAACUAACACAAAACAUUACAAUUGGUUCUCACAGCAACAACUACACAGUACAUACCAAAUGUCUUAGCAACAACCAACAUGCUAUAACUCUCAGCCAUUCUGGUCCCCCCCCCCUUCUGAGCAACUGGGGCUUAUAUAGCUUCAGAAGGAGUUGGUAAUUGGAGACAGCUGCGUCCUGACGAGGGCGCGGGGUCAGCUCUCCAAUCAUCAAUGUUCAUCCAAUCAAUCAGCUGCUUGUUGGGGAAUUUCAGGAACCCAUUUCCUGAAAUAAUAUACAUGAAAAUACACAAACCACAACACAGAAACUGGGGAACGUAACAGAGACACAGAGCUCCAAAAGCUCAUCCCUCUUCCCUCCAACAGAUCUUUGUAAUCCUGAUCCUGUUGUGUGCUGGCCUGGCCAUCGGAAACUCCUUCUGGUACGAGGAGGUAGGCAGCAAAGCCUGGUAUCUGAAUGACGGCAAGGACCAGACUGCUUCUUACAGAGGUUUCCUCAGCUUCUGGGGAUACAUCAUCGUGCUCAACACCAUGGUUCCCAUCUCCCUCUACGUCAGGUGAGUCAUCUCAAACCCAGGCUAGUACCCUCUACUAUCCACUAUCUCAGAAGAGGUGGUUGUGUCAAAGGAUCAGAAUGGUCAUAUAUCCAAGUUCCAAAUAUCCUAAACACACAGACAUCAAUUUACCUGAGGCUAAUAUCAGCAACCCAGAAUCUCUCCUCUGGCCAGCUAUGUUUUCGUCUGUUAGGAGAGACUAACCUGGAACAUAGAAUUUCUCCUAACCUGACUGUCAUGAUUAAUGUGUUUUUAUUUCCUCUGCUUAAUAUCCAGUGUGGAGGUGAUUCGUUUGGGCCAGUCUAAGUUCAUCAACUGGGACCUUCAGAUGUACUACCAGGAGAAAGACACCCCAGCCAAGGCCCGCACCACCACCCUCAACGAACAACUGGGUCAGAUCGAGUACAUCUUCUCAGACAAGACCGGCACCCUCACGCAGAACAUCAUGGCCUUCAAGAAGUGCACCAUCGCUGGACGCACCUUCGGUUAGAGAAAUGUCCUUUCGCUUCUGACGCCAUGUAUUGAUAAGGAGAAGGGAGGAACAUCUAUAUGUUAUCUUCAGGAACAUCUUCACGCAGAUAAAAAUGGAUAGGUUCUACCCGAGCAUUAUGGUUACUGCAGUACACCAUGCUACACUUUACAUCCUGACUUGGAUGGACAUUCUGGUCCACUGCAUUGUGUUAGACAUGAAAGAAAUGUUGUGAAGACGCCUGUAUCGUGACAUGUUACAUGACUAAGUAUAACAACUAACAAAUCAUUUUCAUUUUGACAGGCGACCCCUCCACUGCCGAGGGAGUGACUCUGAAUCGUGGAAGGGUGAGGAUUACUAUUCUGUUCAGAUCACAUUAAAAUAGAACUAUCAGGGUCAGUUUCCCGAACACAGAUGAAGCGUAGUCUCAGACUAAAAAGCGUGUUCAAUGGAGAUUCCCCAAUUUUGAAAGUGUUCUUAGUCCAGGACUAGGCUUAAUCUGGGUCCAGGAAACGGGCCCUCCAAGUCUAUCUAUAGCAUUGCGUUGAUGGUCAUUUCUUCCCCUUGGUCCUUCACAGCCGGUGGACUUCAGCUGGAACAAGUAUGCAGACAGCAAGUUUGAGUACCUGGAUCAUUCCCUGGUGGCCUGCAUCCGGUCCAAGAAGGACAAAGACGCCCUGGAGUUCUUCAAGCUGCUGUCUCUGUGUCACACUGUCAUGGUGGAGCAGAAAGAAGGUGAGCGCUAGGCAACCUGCAUUCUAGUGAUGCUAGAGGUCAAAGUUCAGAGGUCACUGUUCAUACAUAAUGGGCUGGUUUCCUGGACACCUGUAAAGCCUGGUCCUGAACUAAAAAAGCAAUGGAGAAUUUUCAUUGAAAAUCCUUCUUUGUCCAGGAUCGAGCUUUAUCUUUGUCUUGGGGAACCAGACCAAUAUUUAUUUUAAUAGGAACAUACACAAACAGGUAGUCUUAGUUUAGCGUACCACAGACACCGAUGAAUAGUCUAUAAUGAAGGUGAAACAUAAGCUCUCUGGCCCCAGAGUUGAUGUGCGUCUGUUGUCUUCAGAUGAGUUGGUGUACCAGGCAGCCUCUCCUGACGAGGGGGCUCUGGUGACGGCUGCCAGGAACUUUGGUUUUGUGUUCCUGUCCCGUACCCAGGACACCAUCACCAUCAGCGAGAUGGACCAGGAGAUGACCUACGAGGUGUUGGCCCUGCUCGACUUUAACAGCGACCGCAAACGCAUGUCCAUCAUCCGUGAGUGACUGUUUUAAGACUGCCACCCCUGGGCCUUUUCUAGGGUUGUAAAGCUCUGGAUAUUUUUCCUCAAUGUUCCCAAGUUUAUUGGAAUUCCUAGUUGUAGAAUUCCCUCCCUGCUUAUUCCUGGAUUUUUUGGGAACUUUUGGGAAAGCUUCUGGAAUUUUGCAAUACUAUCCCUUUCACUGUGACCACCUCACUAACGCGCUGUCUUCUCUCUCUGUCUCUGUCUCUGUCUCUCUCUCUCUCUCUCUCUCUCUCUCUCUCACUCUCACACACAGUGAGGCUCCCCGACAGCCGGAUCCGUUUGUACUGCAAAGGAGCAGACACGGUCAUUUACGAACGCCUCUCUCCUAACUCCAGACACAAGGAGGUGACCCAGACUGCUCUGGACGUGAGUCAACAAUAUCUGUUCUGGGGUAUCUUUUUAAUAUGGCAGGUGUCCCCAAACUCCUUUUGCCCAGGGGCCACAUUCUGACAUCAUAGUUUGAGACCCCUGCUGUAUGGCUUUGAACCUAAUGUGUAGUAGGAGUGGCCUUAAGUUUGAUGUUGUGGUUGAACUCUGAGCAUUCUGGACUUUUUUUUGCUUUUUGGUUGGUCACGUAAAAAAAUGAAGCUUGAGCUCAAAUAGUUUCUGAAAAAAAUAUGCAUGUUUUCAUUGGUGCUCCAUUUGAAGUAUUUCUCUUCCGUUGUAGAUCUUUGCCAACGAGACUCUCCGGACUCUGUGUCUGUGCUAUAAGGACAUCAGUAAGCAGGAGUUUGAUGCUUGGGCCAAGAAGCACAAGGCUGCCAGUGUUGCUAUGGGCAACAGGGAGGCCGCUCUAGAUCGAGUGUAUGAACAGAUUGAGAGCAACCUCAUGGUAAGACACACGCCAAAAUACUUCAAUCAAUCAAUUGUCAAUUGAAUCACUUCUUCAAUGUGGAAGGCUGGCAUUUAGUCAGGAUCAUUAAGAUAUAUUAAUAAGAUGCCAUAAGUGGGUUAUACAUGCUCUUACAAUGCAUUGUACCUGCAGGUUUUAAGGAAAGUGUUUUUUAAUCCGUAUUUUACCAGGUAAAUUAACUGAGAACACGUUCUCAUUUACAGUAACGACAUGGGGAGUAGUUACAGGGGAGAGGAGGUGGGGGAUGAAUGAGCCAAUUGGAAGCUGGGGAUGAUUAGGUGGCCAUGAUGGUAUGAGGGCCAGAUUGGAAAUGUAACCAGGACCCCCGGGAUUAACAUUUACAUUUUAGUCAUUUAGCAGACGCUCUUAUCCAGAGCCACUUACAGUUAGUGAGUGCAUACAUUUUUGUUGGGAGGUAGGUAAACAUGGUUUUAAUCAACAGUAACACAUUGUUAGGAGGUAGGUAAACAUGGUUUUAAUCAACAGUAACACAUUGUUAGGGAGGUAGGUAAACAUGGUUUUAAUCAACAGUAACACAUUGUUAGGGAGGUAGGUAAACAUGGUUUUAAUCAACAGUAACACAUUGUUAGGGAGGUAGGUAAACAUGGUUUUAAUCAACAGUAACACAUUGUUAGGAGGUAGGUAAACAUGGUUUUAAUCAACAGUAACACAUUGUUAGGGAGGUAGGUAAACAUGGUUUUAAUCAACAGUAACACAUUGUUAGGAGGUAGGUAAACAUGGUUUUAAUCAACAGUAACACAUUGUUAGGAGGUAGGUAAACAUGGUUUUAAUCAACAGUAACACAUUGUUAGGGAGGUAGGUAAACAUGGUUUUAAUCAACAGUAACACAUUGUUGGGAGGUAGGUAAACAUGGUUUUAAUCAACAGUAACACAUUGUUAGGGAGGUAGGUAAACAUGGUUUUAAUCAACAGUAACACAUUGUUAGGAGGUAGGUAAACAUGGUUUUAAUCAACAGUAACACAUUGUUAGGGAGGUAGGUAAACAUGGUUUUAAUCAACAGUAACACAUUGUUAGGGAGGUAGGUAAACAUGGUUUUAAUCAACAGUAACACAUUGUUGGGAGGUAGGUAACCAUGGUUUUAAUCAACAGUAACACAUUGUUAGGAGGUAGGUAAACAUGGUUUUAAUCAACAGUAACACAUUGUUGGGAGGUAGGUAAACAUGGUUUUAAACACCCCUACUCUUACAAUAAGAGCCAUGGGAUCUAUAGUGACCAUGGAUAGUCAGGACACCGGGGUUAACACCCCUACUCUUGUGUUACCAAAGUUAUCAAUGAAAUCUGACUCUUGAUUUUAUUAAAGCCACUUCUUUCUGCUUGGAAAAGUAACCCGGUUUUGCGUUGUUUACGUCCUUUCGCAGAUGAUCGGAGCGACUGCCAUCGAGGACAAGCUACAGGACGGGGUUCCUGAGACCAUCGCCAAGCUGGCAAAGGCCGACAUCAAGAUCUGGGUUCUCACUGGAGAUAAGAAAGGUGAGAGAAAAGGAUGUCAAGAAAGGUUCCCAGGGCGGCCAGCCUCCGAUCUAACCAAUGACUGGGCUACAGUAGGGUUCUGUCCUUAUUCCCUAUAUAAGGCACUGCUUUUAACCAGGGCCCAUAGUAGUGUACUACUGUACAGUAUACAGUAUAGGGAAUAGGGUGCCACUUGGGCUGCAUAGCCCAUGUUUACCUCCCAACAAUGUGUUACUGUUGAUUAAAACCAUGUUUACCUACCUCCCAACAAUGUGUUACUGUUGAUUAAAACCAUGUUUACCUACCUCCCAACAAUGUGUUACUGUUGAUUUUAACGACUGAGAUAACAUCUUGAGUUGCUACUUCACAGAGUUUGCAGCUUGAUCGAUUUUAAGUGUGUAUUGAUGGCUGGGAUGGAAAGAAACAUUUAACAUUUUCUUUAACAUUUCCUCCCUGCAGAAACGGCUGAGAACAUUGGCUAUUCCUGUAAGCUGCUUGACGACAACAUGCAGAUCCACUAUGGAGAAGAUAUCAAGUAGGUUUUAAGAUAUUAGAGAAGUUUGGGUCUAUGGGUCCCAGUGCUUGAUGGGACUCAUCGGUGUGUAGCUGUAAUGGCUACUGCUGUAUUUACAGAGUUACGUUACGAGAAAAAAAACGGUUAUAGAGAUUGUAGUUGAGUGUAAGAUGUAGUUCUGAUGUUUUUGACGGCCUUGUGUGUGUGUGUGUGAUAGUGAGAAGCUGCGAAUCAGACAGACAAACCGGAGGGACCAACUGCCUGCGUUGGGUCGAACCAGGAAGAAGGUGCCGGACCCGUUCUUCCCCGAGUCUGGCAGGAACGCACUCAUCAUUACUGGAGGCUGGCUGGUGAGUGGAGACUACUGCUAGUUACUGUUGCUGUUCAACUUUUAAAGGAUCCUUAAAAGGCGUACAGUUGACUCAGCCUAAUACUUAAACUUGACACAAUUUUAUUUUAUUUUUUUUCUUUUGUGAACAAUAUAAAGUAUAUUAUUCUUCUAAAGACUAAAUAGGCACGUCUGUCUUUCUCUUCACAGAACGAGAUCUUAUACGAGAAAAAGAAGAAGCGCCGCCGCCUUCGCUUGAAGCGGCUUGGAAGGAGACCCGCCUCUGCCACGCCCCAGGACACCACCCAGCCAAUCGACGACUGGGAGAAGGAGACUCGUCAGGUGGACUUUGUGAACAUGGCGUGCGAGUGCGAGGCGGUCAUCUGCUGCCGGGUCACGCCCAAGCAGAAGGCCAACGUGGUCAGCCUAGUGAAGAGAUAUAAGAAGGCCGUGACGCUGUCCAUCGGAGACGGAGCCAACGACGUCAACAUGAUCAAGAGUACGGGAGGAUAUUGAUUUACUGUUUUAAAUUAUUCAUUAUUUGUUAGCAGUUGUUAUAGCAGAAUUUUUGUUUGUUUUCACCACAAAGCCUUGAAACGAAUACUAUUAUUGAUAGCCAUUACUCUCUGAUUCCAUGUAGUUUUAUAGCAGUGUUAUGUAGUAUCUAAUAACACUUUGCUAACUCCUCACCUCUUCAGCUGUUGGAGACCAAUUCUCUGUUUCUGUUUCUCUUCCCCCCCCCCCCCUCACCUUCUCUCGCUCCAGCUGCAGACAUCGGUGUGGGUAUAUCCGGUCAGGAGGGCAUGCAGGCGGUGAUGUCCAGUGACUAUGCCUUGGCUCAGUUCCGCUACCUGGAGCGUCUCCUGCUGGUGCACGGCCGCUGGUCCUACAUCCGCAUGUGCAAGUUCCUCCGCUUCUUCUUCUUCAAGAACUUUGCCUUCACCCUGGUCCACUUCUGGUACUCCUUCUUCAGCGGGUUCUCAGCUCAGGUGAGGGAAUGUUCUAGAGGUAGGGCGCGUCCCAAACUGGCACCCCAUUCUCUAAAUAGUGCACUACUUUUGACUGGAGCCCUACGUGAACUAGGGUACCAUUUUAGAAACCCAGCAGUAGUCACACCACUUAUCUAGACUGACUUCAAAAACCCCCCCCCAUACUAUGGUAAAGAUGAUUUGAUCCUAAAUGUGGACAUGUAUUUGAUGAUAGAGGAAUAAAUGAUUGUGUGAUUUUAUAACUUUAUCAUACCCACUCCAGAUUGCCUAUGAAGAUUGGUUCAUCACCUUGUACAAUGUGAUGUACAGCUCUCUUCCUGUCCUGCUGGUUGGAUUGUUAGAUCAGGUAAGUUAUUAUAGGAGCUACAUGUAGAAUGUUUGCGUUGUCCUUUUUGGAAAAUAUCCAUAAUAUAUCAAAAUCAAAUUUGUAUUCGUCACAUGCUUCGUAAACAACAGUGAAAUGCUUACUUACAGUGACCUCUGAACUUUGACCUCUAGCAUCACCAACAAUGCAGAGAGAAAGAAAAUAGAGAAAUAAUAACAAGCAAUAAUAAAUACACAAUGAGUAAUGAUGACUUGGCUAUAUAUAUAUACGGGGGCGCCAGUUGUCAGGUCCCUCUCAAAUGCCAGCUGGACGAGCUGGGCUUUUUCGUUUUGACAUAACAUGCUCUGUGUUCAGUCUGUGUUCACUGAAUAAUACGUUCUUCAGGGUGGAGAACGAAUUUUCGCACAUUUGCUGUAGAUGCCCCAACGUUAUUCAGUGCGCAGCUACUACCUAGCCUACUAUUAGCUGUAUCUGUCUGCAAAAGUGGAAAAAACCCACGCUGGGAUCCAAUGAGUUUCCUAAACAAGGUAAUGAAGGUGGUACCUUAUGACUUCGGUGCCCAAUCAGAAUCCAUCUUUGGAUUUUAAAUACUAAAUAUUACAUUAUUAUAUCCCUCACCCCUCCUCUGAUCAAGAGUUAACACCCGGCAUAUAGCCUCUGUCCCGGUCUGUGCUACUGGCAGUCCCGGCAGCGCUACAUUGGCAAAACCGGGCAGGGUAAUUCAUAUACCAUUUUGUUAUGUUUAUGGGGGAACAAAACUGUGGGGAGGGGGCACAAAUUCUAUCUGGGGGCGGUCCAUACCCGGCUUUGCCACCCCGUAGCGUAGUGCCGGCUCUGCCGUGGGGGCAAUACCUUUUUUAAUCCGCAACAAGUCCGUUUAGUGGAAACACCACUGAUGGGAACAUGCGCAUAUUUUCUUUAUGCAGAUUUUUGAAUAUUCGCAGGAAAUUCUGUCACCAAUUGGAUGGAAACCUAGCUAAUGACUAUGCAAUCAGGGAAGCAUAAAGAUGCAGCAAGAAAGGAAAUCAGCCCCAGUGGAUUUUUUUUUUUUUUUUUACAUCAAUCUUACGCAAGGCAUCUAGCAGAUCACAAGUAGAAAGUUGUUGAAAUGAAAACAAAUAUUCACUAGAAGUUGACUGAUCUUCCAUCGAGCCAACUAGAGGCUGGGAGACUAACUGACCAGGGUCAAUUAAACCUCUAUCUUUCAAAUAAAAACAUUCUGCAGAGAUUCUGUUAAUCAGCAUUUUAUCUCAUUUAGACACAACUUGCUUAGUCAGGGAAGGAGAGGAAUUUCCACGUUUCAGUGCAUUAACUGUUUUCCAAAAUUAGACAGCUCACCAGCAGAGUCUGAGAUUAGAAAUUAGCUUUAUUUAGCUUUCUUGAGGAAGUACAUCUAUUUCGCAAUUGCCUGAAAAGCUGCCAAUCAGUUACAGUCAGUUUUUUUCUAGCCUUGGUCCAGGCCUGAUUUCACAUCAUUUGUUCAAUCUUUAACUCUAAGGCGUUUUAAAGGGUGCAUGUUCAUCUGCCAGAGGAUAUAAAAUAGAUGAGAAAAGGUCUAGCUAGAGCCAAUUCAGGUUCUGGCAUGAAGCUGAUAGAGAUUUAAAGAAAUGUAUGUUAUUGUGAUCGAGAUGUAGUUGUCCCUGAUUGCACUGACUUUGCUCACAGCUGCUUGUUUGAAGAAGUGUACUUACUGUGCUCAAAGAUGUGGUUGUCCCACUGGCUAUCCUAAGUUGAACGCACCAAUUUUGUAAGUCGUCUCUGGAUAAGAGCGUCUGCUAAAUGACUUAAAUGUAAAUGAAUCACACUCUAUGCGUCCCAAAUGGCACCCUAUUCCCUACAUAGUGCACUACUUUUGGCCAGAGCCUUACGGGGUAUAGGGUGCCAUUUGGGAUGAAGACCCUGUCUGACUGGACCAUUGUUGUUCAGUGGGGUCCUCAAGUAUCUUGUUGAUUUUCAUAUUCCUCUUCUUAUCAGCUCUCUUCACUAGCUAUUCACAAGAAAAUGACUUAAAUGUAAAAAUAGAGGAAAGUUCCCGAGCAAUACAAAUCAUUAAUAAAUAAAUAGAUAAACACCUGGAGUGUUUGUAAAUUGUAUGAUUAUACGAGGGUCGAGGUUUUUCUGUUUGGAAUCUCUUAAUACAUGCAAUAGGACAGUGAUGUCGUUAGCAAAGACACCACUCCAUAAGUACUUGUGGGGGGCUAUUUAGUUCAAUCGAUAAGGGUUUUGCUGUCUUUCUUACAUUUACAUUUUUACAUUUACGUCAUUUAGCAGAUGCUCUUAUCCAGAGCGACUUACAAAUAGGUGCAUUCACCUUAUAGCCAGUGGGAUAACCACUUAACAACAGUAAUCAGUGUAGGUUUGGCGAUUUUAGUUGAGUCAGGUUAGUCAAGACAAAAUAUUUUUUUAAUGAUUAGAGGCUGGGGUGAGCCAAUCCAGGUUAGAAUCUACUAAAGUAACCACACUGAACCAAAAUAUAAACGCAAGGUGUUGGUCCCAUGUUUCAUGAGCUGAAAUAAAAUAUCCCUGACAUUUUCCUUAUGCACAAAAAGCUUAUUUCUCUAAAAUGUUGUGCGUAAAUGUGUUUAUUUCCCAGUUAGUGAGCAUUUCUCCUUUGCCAAGAUAAUCCAUCCACCUGACAGGUGUGGCAUAUCAAGAAGCUGAUUAAACAGCAUGAUACUUACACAGGUGCACCUUGUGCUGGGGACAAUAAAAGGCCACUCUAAAAUGUGCCGUUUUGUCACAUGCUGACUGCAGGAAUGUCCACCAGAGCUGUUGCCAGAGAUUUUAAUAUUAUUUUCUCUACAAACGUUGUUUUAGAGAAUUUGGCAGUAUGUUCAACCGGCCUCAGAACUGCAGACCACGUCACGUGUAUGGCGUCAUGUGGGUGAGUGGUUUGCUGAUGUCAACGUUGUGAACAGAGUGCCCCAUGAUGGCGGUGGGGUUAUGGUAUGGGCAGGCAUAAGCUACGGACAACGAACACAGUUGCAUUUUAUCGAUGGCAAUUUGAAUGCACAGAGAUACCAUGACGAGAUCCUGAGGCCCAUUGUCGUGCCAUUCAUCCUCCGCCAUCACCUCAUGUUUCAGCAUGAUAUAAUGCACGGCCCCAUGUAGCAAGGAUCUGUACACAAUUCCUGGAAGCUGAAAAUGUCCCAGUUCUUCCAUGGCCUGCAUACUCACCAGACAUGUUACCCGUUGAGCAUGUUUGGGAUGUUCUGGAUCGACCUGUACGACAGCGUGUAUCCAGUUCCCACCAAUAUCCACCAACUUAACACAGCCAUUGAAGAGGAGUGGGACAACAUUCCACAGGCCACAAUCAACAGCCUGAUCAACUAUAUGCGAAGGAGAAGUAUCGUGCUGCGUGAGGCAAAUGGUGGUCACGCCAGAUACUGACUGUUUUUUAAUUUCUAUACACGCCCCUACCUUUUUUUAAGGUAUCUGUGACCAACAGAUGCAUAUCUGUAUUCCCAGUCAUGUGAAAUCCAUAGAUUAGGGCCUAAUGAGUUUAUUUCAAUUGACUGAUUUCCUUAUAUGAACUGUAACUCAGUAAAAUCUAUGAAAUUGUUGCAUGUUGUGUUUAUUUUUGUUUAGUAUAAUUCCGAUGACAGAAAAUGUUUUAAAUAUUCAGAAAUAGUAUCAACAGCAUCAGGGGGGGGGUAAAUCCCUGCUACAAACAAAUGCAUAUUUUGACAUUAGGACACACCUAUAAACAAACACUCAAACUGUUUGGGGAUAGCGACACUUAUAGACCAGGAUGCCACCAGUCAGCGACACCUAUAGACCAGGAUGCCACCAGUCAGCGACACCUAUAGACCAGGAUGCCACCGCCACCAGUCAGCGACACCUUAUAGACCAGGAUGCCACCAGUCAGCGACACCUUAUAGACCAGGAUGCCACCAGUCAGCGACACCUUAUAGACCAGGAUGCCACCAGUCAGCGACACCUUAUAGACCAGGAUGCCACCAGUCAGCGACACCUUAUAGACCAGGAUGCCACCAGUCGAUUUCACAUAUACUCCUCCCCCCCCUUUUUCAGUCUAUCACACCUGAAGAUGUUGUAAUCGGCAAUGUCAAUGUCCUUCUCUAUGAUAAUUCUCUGUGAGAACCAGAAUAUCAGGGCUCGUAUCAUGUAAGUCGCUCUGGAUAAGAGCGUCUGCUAAAUGACGUAAAUGUAAAUGCAGCCAGACAUGAAGAAGUUCCAUCUUUGACAUCACGCUUCGCACGUUUACGUGCAACAGCCCAAGCCCUCUACGUGAUUUGAAUACCGAGUGGUCUCCAUGUAUGUGGAAUUCACAAUAGAACUAAUAGCACUUGAGUUAACCACUAGCUGCUGUGUUGACGGAGGGGUUGCCGGGUUGACGGAGGGGUUGCCGGGUUGACGGAGGGGUUGCCGGGUUGACUGAGGGAUUGCCGGGUUGACGGAGGGAUUGCCGGGUUGACGGAAGGGAUUUCUGGGUUGACAGAGGAACAUAAAUGAGGGGACUUACAUUGGCCGCACUUCUACGGGACAUAACAUGCUUUCCAUGUCCUCUGUUGCUAAUUAUGACAGGGAGAACUGGAGCACUAACCGACCUGGACAGUCAGUCUCUGAAACAGUUUACGAUGUUGCUGGAAAUAAUCCUGGAACCCUUGUGGUUAGGGUCAAUCCCGUCUCUUUAAAAAAAUAAUAAGUGCUGGUUGCUCCCACAGCAAAUCAAAGUUGUCACAAAGGAGCUUAUGUUUUGAAUUAUGAACAUUUUUAAAUGAAAACCCCUCAUUUGUUUUAUCACUGUCUCGUUGAGAUCAUAUGGCACAUCAAUAUUAAGAUCAUACAGUGGUUCCCAAACUUGUGGUCGGGAUACUGUAUGGGAUCCCCGUGGGCCCCUUGAGAAAAUAUUUGAUCUUAUUAGCAAACAAAUUCAGAACUUAUUUAUCUUCAAAUGGGUAUAGAAUAAAACCACUUAUUGCCAACAAAGGAUCUCUUACACUAAUAAAAUGUGCUUUCAUGUCAUUAUUAUGUUUUGGGACAGCCUGCAGGUCAUAAAAUGUAGUGAAUAUGAACACACAGCCUUAACUAGCGAAUAUCAUUUGUCCAAGUGGGGUUCCCCUGCGUUUGUGUCAAUUUGGGAUCAUGUGCAGUAAAAGUUUGGGAAGCCCUGAGCUAAUAUGUAAUUUCUAUUUCCUGUUUCCUUGAAGGACGUGAACGACAAGCUGAGUCUAAAGUUCCCCAAGUUAUACCUCCCUGGUCAGCAGGGGGCGCUGUUCAACUAUAAGAACUUCUUCAUCAGUCUGUUCCACGGCAUCUUCACCUCUCUGGUGAUCUUCUUCAUCCCGUUCGGGGCGUUCCUCCAGACCAUGGGGCAGGACGGAGAGGCACCCUCAGACUACCAAUCCCUCGCUGUGGUCAUGGCCUCGUCUCUCAUCUUCACCGUCAACCUGCAGGUAGCCGACUUAGAUUUAUUGAUUCAUUGAUUGGUGGAUGGAUUGAUUGAUUUUACGUUUAUUGUCCGUCAAAAAGGGAGAUUCUUUCCACAGCUCACAAGUUACAUGUAGACACAAUACACAUAUAAUCACUACAAGAAACAAACUCUUGUGUGUUUUCAGAAAUCUGUUGAGCUCAAAUAAAAAAAGCUAUGAGGCCAUUGAUACAGCAAGUGCUGUUUCCUCCUACAGUGUUCGAAUGGAUGAUGUAAUUUUCGGUCUCUUCUACUUCCUCUCCCAGAUAUCUCUGGAGACGUCGUACUGGACCUUUGUGAACUGCUUCGCUGUCCUCUGCAGUAUAGCCAUAUACUUCGGGAUCAUGUUCGAUAUCCACAGUGCAGGAAUUCACGUCAUCUUCCCCUCAACCUUCACCUUCACCGGUGAGUUCUGCCUCCUCAGAUCUGGGUCCUGUUCAUAAGGAAUCAAACGGAUGAAAACUGACUAAAACAGUGAGAGACUACCUGGACUUGUCCAAUAAGAGCUGCUCAUAUUCGUUUUGCUUUGUAACUUGUAAAAAAGUUUUCCGUUGUAUGCCCUAAUGGGUCGUGUUCAUUAGGGCACACAGACUAUAGCAAAACGUUUCACAAUGGAGAACGAAUGUUUCUUAUUGGACAAGUUUAGGUAUUACCUCCCUAAUUCUGUCAGUUUUCUUCCAGUUUGCACCUUAUGAACAUGACCCUGGCCAUAUGGCUCUUGUCACAGAGGGUGGCGAUGAUGAGUAAUUACUGAGCAUUUAUAACCCAGCGUAUGUUGUGUUUUUCCCGCGUGUGUCAGGAGUAGCCCCUAACGCACUCAGACAGACCUAUCUGUGGCUGACCAUCAUCCUGACUGUGGGGAUCAGCUUGCUACCCGUCAUCUUCAUCCAGUUCCUCUACAAAACCAUAUGGCCAUCCGUUGGAGACAAAGUAAGGCCUGGCUAACCCUAACCCUAACCCGAAAAGGACUUUACUCGUAAUGUGUUGAUAUCUGUAACAUUUCGGCAUGACAUGGCCGUGGUAAGGCCGUGGUAAAGCUCAUUGACACUGCAAUAUUUGGAGAGAUUUUUUUUGUAUCAGAGAUCAGUGGAUUUUGCGGCGAUUUAAACGGGGCACCAAAUCUGGCGAACCACAUCCUGUCUGAAGUGCUCUUGAAUGAAACCCACCACACGUCCAUAUUUUAAACUUCUUUAUGAACGAUUUAUGAACGAUUUUAUGAAUAAUUGUUUCCCGCCGCAGGUCCAGAAGAACAGGAAGACGUACGAGGAACAGGAACAGGAAGAGGAGAAGAAACCUGAACCUUUCCAGCGCGGCAGACAGUCCCGCCGCUCGGCCUACGCCUUUUCUCACUCCCGGGGUUACGCCGACCUCAUCGCGUCAGGCCGCAGCAUCCGACGACGGCCUGCCAUAGCUCGCCCCGACCCCAGGGACAGCGUCAGAGAGGUCCCUCAGGCUGAGAACAUGUGAGGGGGGGGGGGGGCUCACCGGCCUGGCACUAGCCUGGUCCCAGAUCUGU